CAUUGUUCCAGCAACGAAAACGCAGUGCCGAACCCACGAACGAUGCCAUCGACGCAGACAGCACCACCACCAACCACGACGUCUCUCCCAGCUGAAGUCGAGCAUGGCAACGUGGAGUAUAAGCUCCAGUUGCUCAACCCCACCGCAGUGCGCUUUCAACAUCUCGUGACCCAACUCAAUUGGCGGCUGAACGAAGGCCACGGGUAUGCGUUUUAUGAGCUGGGGGUGUCGGACGAUGGGUUGGUCAUUGGCAUGCCCCCAGAAGACUUGGAAACGAGCUUGAACACGUUGUUCCGCAUGUGUCAAGUGUUGUCGGCACAGAUGCACGUGCACACGCUACGGGAAGGCAUGCAGCACACGUACAAAGCUGCUCGUGUGGCCGUGAGUUGCAUCGCAGAAACCCACGCGAAGAAGCAAGUGCGAGUGUCGGUGAUCGGGGACGUUGACAGCGGCAAGUCGACGCUUAUCGGGGUGCUGACCCGCGGCUGCUUGGACGAUGGAAACGGGCUCGCUCGCAUGCAAGUGUUUCGGCACCUCCACGAAAUUGAAAACGGGCGGACGUCUAGCAUCAGCGAACAGAUCUUGGGGGUCACAAAAGAGGGCAAAAUCUGCAAAUUCAACACCCUCGAAUCGCGCAAUGCGUCCAGUAUCGACGCCCAAAGCACGAAGUUGAUCAUGUUUAGCGACUUGGCGGGGCACCAGCGCUACCUCAAGAUCACGGCGUCCGGACUGACUAGCCAGUUCCCAGACUACGCCAUGCUGGUCGUGGAUGCCACCGCGGGAGUGCAGAGCAUGACCCGGGAGCAUCUGCGCAUUGUGUUGGGCUUGGGGAUUGGAGUUUUUGUCGUUGUCACCAAGGUCGACGUGGCCGAAGCGCCCAGAAUAUCCCAGACCAUCGAUGAAAUCACAGCCCUGCUCUCGUUGCUCCACUCGACACCCCCCAGUGUAAUUGCCACUUCAGAUGACCUUGCUGCGUUUCAGUUGCUCCAACAUCCCACCAUGAUUCCCAUCUUUCAAGUGUCCAAUGUCACCGGUGCCAGCAUGACGUUGCUGCAGCAAUUUCUGGCAUCUGUCCAUCCCACCAGGGUACGAUUGUUAUAUUCGUUGUUGUGGUAUAAAUUCCAUUUGGUUUUUGUAUGGAUACGAUGUACAGGCAUGGACAUCGGUUCGGCACUGCAGCUCCGAAUUCCACAUCAACGGCCACUUUCAAUCGGACGAAGUGGGCACGAUCGUCACGGGGCUGGUGCAGCGGGGGACGGUGCACGUGGGCGAAUCGUUGUUGCUUGGUCCGACGAUCUCUGGGGCGUUCUACGGUGUGCAUGUAAAAAGCAUCCAAGUGCAGCGCACACCAGCCAAAUGUGUGUUUGCUGGCCAGACGGCCGCGCUUCUAGUCACGUCCCUGGACCACGCCGAUAUUGACAUGGCGUCGAUGCGGCGAGGCAUGAUGUUGGUGCACCCGAACCUUAGUCCGAUUGCCACGAAACAAUUUGACGCGCAAGUGCACCUGUUGAAUGCGUCGAUGCUGCUCAAGGACAACGUGCAGGGCGUGAUCCACGCAGGUCCGAUCCAGCAACUCGCCAAGGUGGUGGCCGUGCUCAAAAGCGACGACAACGGCCAAGUGCAGCUCCGGUUUGAGUUUGUCCAUUCGCCAGAGUACAUGCGCCCGGACUGGCCGCUCGUGUUUCGGGAAGCCAACACCCAUGCCGUGGGCAAGGUGCUGCAUGCCGUACACAAGCAAGGGACGGUGCCCCCCGACGUGGUUGUCGUCGCUGGGUUAGCAUAAACAAUCUACCUACGAUUCGUCCAUUUCUUCUUCAAUUCGUGGAAAUGUAUGUACGAGUCGAUGAUAUGGAA